AUAGCCAUGUAUGGAGUAUCGGUAAAUGGUACUAAAUUAUCGAAAUUCGUAAUACGAUUGGCAAAGCUUCUACUGCUUAUGGCUUGGUUAGAAAUUCUCUAUUUUAUGAAGUCGAAGUCUAGAAUAACAAAACAAGUCUGACAUAGUCACCAAAAGAUUUGUUAAAUAAAUGAACAACUAAAAAUGUUUACCAUGCUAAUUUGUAAGCUUGAUCGAUACUUGUAAACUAAUUUAAAAAAUGUAAAGUUUGUGGUAUUGUAGUGAUAAUCUCUGGAUCUACUAAAUCAAUCUUGAAAAUUAUUUUAAGUUCUGCUAGAGUCUAGAGUCAAGUUUUCGGGAGUGUCUUAUUGUAUUCUGUAUUCUCACGAGAACGGGAACUACUCGGCUGCAACCAAGGAGCGUCGGCUAUUAUAAGUAUAACUUAUGAAUGUAAAAGUUAAAUUGAGUACUAUCGAUGUAUUUUGGUUAUUUGUGAAGGAACAUCACUAACAGAAUCGCACAGUAUGGUUUUGACGUUGACAUUAUUAUCGCUUGACACCUAACAUUUUUGACAUGAAUUUUACGGCGAAUAGAAUAAAUAUACUUGCUCAAUGCGACUUCAAUAAUAGAAAACUACAUAUAUUUUCUAGUGUGGGUGUCCCGUGGUAGUGGGAUUGUUUAUAUUUAUAAUGUGCUCGUAUUUAAAUUAUGCCAGUGCCAUUAUCAGUGUAGCGUAGCCUGCGGUUUCGUAUGUAAUACGUUGUGUGUAGUGUAACAUGUUGAACGUCCACAAACUAUGGCUUUUAACAAGUCUCUGUGUGAUUGUGACCAUCGUUCUAUAUUUCCAGUCAGAAAUAGCACGUUUGGAAGACAGUUACCGCAAAUUGGAGUUCAGAAUAGCGCAGUCCCACACAGAUUCUCGGCAAUUCUUCCCAAAAGAGACACAAAAAGAUGACGAAGACCUGGUUGUUAUAUACAACAGAGUACCCAAAACAGGAUCCACAAGUUUUGUCGGUGUGGCAUAUGAUUUGUGUAAGAAAAACCACUUUAAAGUCCUGCAUAUCAAUAUAACGGCCAACAUGCAUGUAAUGUCAUUAAAUAAUCAGUACAAGUUUGCUCAAAAUGUGACCAGAUGGCAUGAUGUGAAGCCCGCUCUGUACCACGGCCAUAUGGCAUUUCUUAAUUUUGAUAGGUUAGGUACUACUUCCAAGCCUAUUUUUAUUAAUCUUAUAAGGAAACCAUUAGAUAGACUGGUUUCCUAUUACUACUUCCUGAGACAUGGUGAUAACUUUCGACCACACUUAGUGAGAAAGAAGCAUGGCGAUAAAAUGACAUUUGACGAGUGUGUAGAGAAGUCUCAGCCGGACUGUGACCCUGACAACAUGUGGUUACAGGUGCCAUUUUUCUGUGGGCACGCUGCUGAAUGCUGGAAACCGGGCAGCGCCUGGGCUUUACAACAAGCUAAGCACAAUUUAGUAAACAAUUACCUAGUAGUGGGUGUCACUGAGGAAAUGUUAGACUUCAUAUCAGUGUUAGAACAAGUUCUACCCCGUCUCUUCAAAGGCGCAACAGAACAUUACCUCAGCAGCAACAAAUCCCAUCUGAGACAAACCAGUUCCAAGAUAGACCCAUCACAACGAACCAUAGAGAUCAUAGAGCAAUCGAAUGUGUGGAAAAUGGAGAACGAACUCUAUGAAUUUGCGUUAGAACAUUUUAAAUUCGUCAAAAGGAAAAUUUUAUUACGAGAAACGAACAGUGUCGCGCAAGUGUAUUUCUACGAGAAAAUACGACCGAAAUGAUACCUUGUUUUGUGGGGGAUAUAGUUGAAUUUACUGUGGUUGAAUUGACAUGGGUAUUUCAUGAGAAGCGAAGCGAAUUUUUGUAUAAUUAGGUAAAUGUACUCCUCAAUCAUUUUGUGUAAAAGCAUACCAUGCAAAAACUAAUGCUUGUUUGCUUGUUUCUUAUUUAAAUUAAUAUUAUAUACCUUGAAAGAUGUUAAUGAUGAAAAUGCUUUAAAACAGCUUUUAGUUUUCAGAUAAAUUUAUUAGAAGAGGUGGAAUUCGGCAUACUACUAGUAAGUUUACUAAACAAACAAAUAAUAUGACAAAAUUUUCUAUAGUCAUAUUUUUGUCUGCCUGUCUGCUUCACAUGAAAUACCCACUUUGAAAUUCUUGUGACAAACGAAAGCUGUAUUGUAUUUGUAGGCACACAAUAUUAGAAUCCUUUUAGAGUAUCAAAAUAUAAAACAAUGUUUUAAAGUAAAAACCAAGAGUCUUGUUAGGUGACAGAAGAAACGUAUUGUGUUGUGAGUUAGCAAAUUAUGUACGAACUAAUGAAAAUCCAAAUUUUUCCAACAGCCAAAUCCAAACAGCAUUUCAAAUCCUAACCGUAAUACUUUAUAACAUUAUCUAAAAUUUACUAAUUGCAAAAAAAUAGUAAAAUUCAGAAGGUCUAUGUAUUCGUAGGUAUAAAGAUAACGUUUGAUAAUGUUACAUAACAAUGACGUCAUUCGCAUUUUCAGUACUGCAGCGCUAAUUCUGUAACGAUGUUUUUAUAAUACGACAAUGUAAGUCUCGAAUUCGUCUCUAUCUCUCUUUGUCUAACACAGUACUACAGAUAGAGAGAGGUAGAGUCAAAUUCGUAACUAAACCAGCGCUGCAUGCUCUUUUUAUAUAAAGAGUAUGUAGCAUUAAGCUGAGUUGGGUCCCUUUACUGGGUAUUGUCCUGACGAUUAAUAGAACAAAUUGUUUUGUGUGGCCUAAUAAAGCUUUUUUCUUUCUUCUUUCUUCCUAACUCACACUGUCGAAAAACAUCGUAAUGACGCUACUGUCAAUGCGGUGCGUUCAACUUGAUUAUCGGUAUAACAUUGUACUGUAGUCUAUAUUAGUAUUUGUAUGUGUUAAAUAAACAUUCCAUUAGUGUUAAUAAGUUGUAAUAACAAAUUAUCUUUUUGUUAUUUAUUUAUAACUGAUGUUAAUGAGAAGUGUUACGUAAUCUCUUAUCAAAAGACCAAACGGGAGAGUUAAGGGCCUCAUUCACGAUCCAACAUGUAUGUCCCAAGUCGUCGGUACAUACAUAAUAUGUGAGUUUUACUAGAAGUUUUAGUGGAAGAAAUAUUUCCGAAAGCUUUUGUUUUCUAUUUAUUUAAGGUUAUAUUGCUCCAACAACAAUUCAAAGUAUAAAUUGGAAAGGCUAUUAUAAUAAAUAUAGUAUAAUAGGUAGUUACUAUUUUUUUUUAUAUACAGGAUGUCCCGUAAUAAAUGGAGAAAUGCAAAUGAUAGAUACACUACCUAAUUAUCUAAAACUAAUGGAAUAGUUGUGAAAAAAUCCCUAGGGAGGCCACGUUAUAUAUUUUUUUCGAAUUUUAAAAAAAAUUCUAUCUUGAAAAAACAGAUUCACGAUAGAAAAAAUUUAAAAUCCGAAAAAAUAUAUAACUCGAUCACUUACAAAACUAUUCAAGUUCGUUUGCGUUUUAUCCAUUAAUUACAGACACCCUGUACUUUAUUUUAAAGAUUCAUACAGCACGUAAUUAUUUUUUUUAACAAAUUGAUAUUUGAAAAGAAGUAAUUUCGUUUGCAAAUAAUCUCUGAUCCCUGUUACGAUUAUCCCUUUAAUAAACACGAUUAUUACCAGUGGCCUUGUAUACUUAGUGCAAUAUUUUAGAAUUUAGUGGGAAUGUAGCAUGCGCGAUAGUGAACACGGCCCUUUAAUGUGUUGUGAAAUAAUUAUAAUAGGUACUAAUUGGUAGUUAAAUUAUUAUUAAAAGACAAGUCUUUAUUUGUGUAAAUAUAAGCUGUUACGUUAUACGUCUAAUUUGACUUGCUUUUUUAUUGACAGUUAUUUGCGGAGAAAUUCCAAUUUAUAUAUUUAAGGCUCAUUGGAUUCACUCGGCAACUGAUCAGCAUCGCCUUUGAGGGAUACUAUACUUUGUACGGAGUACUAAGGGUGUACGCUCACUACAUCAUUUCCUGAACGCCUCACCAGCAGGCUGAGCACUCGUAGACGUCGAGUGGACCACUCGGUGAUCACCGUUGCUUGGUGUUUACCUUAUGUUGUCCACACGCGGGUUCCUAAUGCACGUACGUUCGCGAGUGAUGUACGCGCGAGGGCCAUCCAUCUUUGACAUUUAUUGAUAUUGACAGGUGGCGUCCAUCCGUGGACCACCUGACGUUGACUAGUUGACAGGUGGCGUCCGUCCGUGGACCACCUGACGUUGACUAGUUGACAGGUGGCGUCCAUCCGUGGGCCAUCUGAUGUUCGCUGAUUGACACCGAUCGAUUAUAAUUAGUGGUAAUCGAUCGAGUUCAAGUGCCGAGUCGUUCCAGUGAGGUAUGAUCUUUAUUUUAAUAUGACAUUACUAAAUUUCUUAUCAGAUAUCUUAUUUGCUGAUAUCUUUUUUUUAAUGUUCUAAUAGGGAUGAUGACAGUUUUUUAAAUUGUAUAUAAAUUAAGAGUAUACUAAUAGUAAAGCAAUUUUGUAAAAGGAACAGGGUAUCUGCGAUCAUUACUUUCGGAGCUACAGAGAUUUAAAGAGUCAGAUUUGCGGCGCUGCCGCGGAUCCCUGAAAAACGUCCCAUACAAAAUGGCUCGAAAAAAUGACGUCAUAGGUAAUGUAAUGAUCGUUAGAUUUGUAUGCGCGUUCAAACAAAAUUACUAAUAUCUUUGUUAUUUGUGCGUUUAUCUUUGUAGUUCAUAUAUAAAAAAAUGUCACAUUUAAUGUAAGGAAGCUAAAACUGUAUGAAUUUUCAUCUAAUUACGAUAAAAUUUUUUUAAUAGUUUUGAAAUUUUAUAACCUCAUUUAUUUUGCAAAUAUCCAGACAAUCUUUGCUUUUUAUGUAUAAAUUAGUUAACAUUGACCCUAUUUACCCGAAUGUAUCAUAAAAAUCAAUAUAUUCAAACCUAGUCAUCAUCCCCAUUGGUGUUACACAAUAUGUCGUAUGAACUUUAUAGCUACGUUUAUUUAAUUAAUAAAAUUAAUGUCGGAUAGUUAUUUUUUUGUAUAAAACUCAAUUAGCAAACUCACAGUAAACUAGGUUACUAAUUAUUUCAAUUACAGUCAACUAGGUUACUAACUGUUGGCCUAUUUAUAAUACGUUAGUAAGUUAUCUAUUAAUUUUGCUGCUAAGUUUAAUUAUUUAUUAUUUACUUUAUAAAAAAAGUUGAAAGAAUAAUUCUGUUUUAGAUUAGAUUUCAUAAAAAUAUUCAUUUGUAAUUAAUAGUUGUCAUAUACUUUAUUGCAUAUACAAGAUCACAAUAACAGUAAGUAAUAAAAUAAUGUAAAAUGUUAGCUCUCCAAGGUUUUAUUGGUACAGGUAUGAGUAUUAAGCAUUUUGUUGUCAACUAAAAGAGGGCUUGCAACUGAAAACAAAUGUUUAAACAGAGAAUAUACUGUACACUACUAGAGUUUGGCUUAUUAUAGUAGAGACAGAAAUCUCCCGCCAAAUUAAAAAAAAUCGGAGUAAAUUCUCAAAAUUAUAGUGCAAAUAUUGGAAUAAUUGAGUUUAAUACUUAUAGUAUAGGUAGUAAUGUAUUCACAAACAAAAAAAAUUAAACAAAUUAUGAAAACGAGACUUAGUCGCUUACAAUGGGGUUUGUGAGAAGGCUCAGAGUCACGAGCUAGAUGGAACGAGCUAUGUUAGGAGUAUCUCUGAGUGAUCGAAUCAGAAAUGAGGAGAUCCGCAGAAGAACCAAAGUCACCAACAUAGCUCAACGAGUUGCGAAGCUGAAGUAGCAAUAGGCGGGGCACAUAGUUCGAAGAGCCGAUGGACGUUGGGGUCCCAAAGUGCUGGAAUGGUGACCCCGCACUAGUAAGCGCAGUGUUGGUCGAGUUGCAGGGAUUCGCUGGAUGCAGGCUCAGUAUUGUGAUGUUUGAAAGUCCCUAUAAAAGGCCUAUGUCCUGCAGUGGUCGUCCAUCGGCUGAUGUGAUAAUGAUAAAAACGCAUGUUUUUUUAAUUUGUUUAAAUUAUUUUUUUUACGUUUGGCAGUCGAUUUCAGUAAAUACUCUCAUUAGCCAAAUUUAUAGUUACUACUACUGUAUUAUACUGUACUGUAGUAUAAUACACUGAGGUGUUAAUCAGUGACAACCUUUUGUGGUUACAGAUAGAUACUCAAUAGUAGUGAAUUGUAUUUUUUUUUAAAUGCAUCCGUUUCUUGGCGCAUUUAUUAGACACUUAAGCAAUGUUCUUCCAUUUUAACUGUUUAUUUUAUAAUACUUUAUGUAUUGUGUUUUUAUAUAAUAUUACUAUAUUAUAUUUUAUAUACAAACACAGUCUGCCAUUAACAUAUUGAUUGUUUUUUUUUGUGAAAUCGAGAAAAUACGGCGGCAUAUUAUGAAAAUCAUAUACGAGCUUAAUAUGGUAUUUUUUUGAUAUUUUUUCGAUAUCCGGAAUUUUACUAUAGUCUGCUUUAGUCCGAAAAUUCCUACCUGGUUUUUAUGAAUAACAAGCUCAACCUGCCUAAAUUCAAAGGGUUUAUAUUGUAUUUAUAGAUACACGACGUUUAGAAUUUAGAAAAAAAAAUGAAAAUCUUGCUUUAAUUUUUUUUCAAUAAUUCUUUUAAUUUUCUAAUUAAUUCAAGUUUAAUCUUAAUAAAAUAAUUAUGUAAUGCGAUCUUAUGUUGCUUAACUGAUACAGUUCAUACCUUAUUCUUUUGAGGCGACUACUAAAGUCACCAUGCAUGCUUGCAUAAGUUUUUUCAUUUUGUAUUUCUAUUUUUACAUAGUUUUGAAAUUUAAAAAAAACUCCAAAAACUUCGAAAAAUCUCUCUAGAUUUUUAUAUAUUGAGAAAAUGUUAUGCGUGAAAAUAGUUUCCUUUUUUUGUAAUUUUUAGAUUAGUUAUUGACAAUAUAUGAGGUGACUAAAAUAUAAACGUGAAGUUUGUACUAAUAACACCAAUUGUUAUAAUUUUUUUGUAUAGCUAAUACUUCUCUAUAGCAAUGGCCUAAUAGAAAGGUUUAUUUAUUAAUAGAAGAAGACAAAAUAAAUAUUUAAGUUACAAUUUUAAAAAGUUAAUCACUAAUACUCGAUAAUGGCCGGUGCAUAUCUGGCAUGACGCAGCGUUACUGUCAAACUGAAGUUGAAAAUUAAUAAACUUCGACAGGAGACUGAUUCACUACACGUGUUAGUAGUUUUUAAUUUUAUUUUUAACGUUAAUAAAAUGAAAAUUUGGUAGCAGUUUGAUAUUAAAAAUGCGCUUCUUUGCCCUCACCCUCCCCACACCAGAUAUGCACUGGCCUUAAGGUUCAAGGUACGUAAAAGAAAUUAAUAGAAUUGUAGACCCUGCGCCAUUUCAUUUAAAUCAAAUCAAAAAUCAUUUAUUUCAAGUAGGCUUAGUUUACAAGCACUUUUGACACGUCAGUUGACUAUUUGUAAAGAUUCUACCACCGGUUCGGAAGGCAGGUUCUGCUGAGAAGAUACCGGCAAGAAACUCAACAGUUGCUCUUUCUUGUUCUAGUUAACUAUUCUUAUAUCACUGCCCCAUUUUGAAGUUUUACAAAUCUUUAAAAUACAAUAAGCUGGGCUUUUCGGUAUUCCUUAUCUCUGUAUUGCUUUCAGUAAUUAAUAGCCACCUCAUUUUUUUAUAACCUGGUCUUACAGCUCUUGAAUGCUCUAGCCCUUUUGAACCUUCUUAUUUCUUCCAGCAGCAAGAAUUUUACAAAUCGGUUCAGUAGUUUCAGAACUUAUUCAAUGCAAACAAACGAACUAUCAAUCUUACCUUUUUGUAAUAUUAGUAGGUUAUACCUACAUAUACAUAGAUAUACAUUAUUAUUACUUUAUAAACACUGUUUUUUUUUGUAGAAACACUUUAAAUAGCCCGGGAUCCGUGAAACAUAUUUACAAGUGAUCACUUUCUAGUCAACAGGGGCGUCUUGUUCUAACAACACGAUUCCCACCGAGUUACCUUUUAAAAAUCCAUUUAUACUCCUAACAUAUUAUUGUAAUUUAUUUUAUAUGCUCGAAAUCGGUAUAUCAUUACCACACUCUUUCUAUCUAGAUUUUUCGUAAGUAAAAUAGUUGAGCGUCUCAUCAUGAUGACCUACUCACGAAAAAUUAACUAGAUAGUAAUCACUUGUAAAGUUUCACGGAUCCCGAGCUAAAACCUUAUUGUGAAAAUUCGAAAUCCUUUUUUUUUUUUUUGUUUUAACUGUUAUUUUUGUUACUAACACAAUAUGAAUUGAUAAAUGUACUUACCUAACUCGCUUGUGAAACUAUUUACCUACAAAUUGUUUUCUAUGUUAAUCUGUACUUAGUUAUUCUAUUUAUUAAGGAUGUUUAUUAUUUUUAUUAUUAUUAAAAUAUGCCGGAAUCUCUGACAACACCAGUUGUAAUGCAGUAUAAUAAAUUGAUUUAUUCUUUUUAUUUACAA